UUGGUGCUCUCCUAAAGUAAAGUAUACGGGGUUGUAAAUCCACCAGCAUGCGUUUCAGCUGAACUGCGCCGAUGUCUUCGCACCAUGCAGCUGCGGGCUCAAAGAUAGCCUGCUGCUGGGCUAUGCCUUUCGACUGGCCGAAUGGGACGGUCGAAGUUAAUGAUUGGCUACCAAGCUCUUUGGAUUUCAGUUCCAGCUUACCAGAAGUGCUACCAGCAGAUCGCUUUCCAGCAGUUCCUAACCUCCUGGGCUGGUUGCACUGGCUUUACUGCCUUGUUUGGCUCAAGACAUGCCAUAUCUCUGAGAGGCCACCAUUCUUGGUAAGAGCACCUCGAUUGCUGCCCAGUUUGUCUGGUUUACAGGAUGAAGAAGGGAGACGUCGGCUUCAUUAUUGGCUGCCGUUCCUACUUUGUGCUCCACCUCUCAUGGGCCUCGUCUGUGAGUUCUUUCGCCUGGUGGCUCAGAAAGUCAAGGCCAACAGGCCUCCAGACCGGGGAAAAUACAUGGCUUUGCAUCCAUGUGAUCCUGGUGCCAGCGAGGAGGACGUGGAGAAGUGGGAGAAAUCCAAUUCAAGGCAACUGAGGUUGUCCGACGACCUCCACACUGGGUCCGACGACUCUGAAGAAAAGAGCAGGUCUAGACACAGUCGAUGCCCCUGGAUGCCACACUGCUUUUCCCUGGCGUUGAUUAUUUACCACUUCUUUUGUGUCUCCUUGGUGGCCAUUGCUUUGCGCAGUGGAUGGCUCUUGAUGGAGGGCGGUGGAUCUUUUGCUUGGGAACUUUGGGCCCUUUGGCAACAGAGUUGCCUGUGGAGCCUCUUCGUGCAGAACUUGUUGCGAUGUUGCCGCUGUGAUGCUGAAGCACUGAAGCAACCCACCUUCUCCAAGGUGAUGCUCUACACGGCACCCAUGUUUAGUGAACUUUGUGAUUCAAUGAAAGAUUGGAUCAUGACUGGCAUUUGCUUACAGGCUGCCCCUAUGAUGAAGGGGUUUUACUUGGGGCUUGUGAUCACCUCAGCAGACUUGCUGAAUCGGAUCCUGUUCCACGACUGGGUCAUGGCCAUUUUCCCCUUCCGGAUCACUGACAAGUUGACGAUUCAUCCACCACUGAUGGUUCCAGCCUUCGGGUUGCUGAACAAUUGGCUCUCAGAACAGAUCUUCGACAAUGGUCCUGGAGGCCUCUUUGCGCUUUGCUGCGGUCAAGUGGUCUUGUUCCUCUUUUGGCGAUGUGGACAGGAUUGUCAAUGCUACUUCUCGACCGGAUGUCCUUGGCCCUACUUGCAGCUGACCUUUCCCUACUUCUGCUCCAUCUGGUUUUUUGAGUUCUUCAAUUCCCUGGUGUGUCCUUUGCAGCUCCAAGACCUGCUUUGCGAUAGCGGGUGUCUCUUCGUUUGCUCCGCCUAUGUGAUCGUGAUAUCUUAUCACCUAGUGACCUCCGAUCCCGAAACUGCCGCCGACCUGCGCUCGGCCUAUCGGAGCAUCUUGUCACUACCGCCUCACGCACCGUGGGCGCGGAGCGAGUCCUGCUGGGGACGUUUGGAGGACCAUGUGACUGACAUGGCCGUGGACUUUGUCAGCAGCUCGAGGCGUUUGAUUGCUUGGGCCGAAGAUAUGCCACAAGGCUUCAUUGGCUUGUCCUUCGUGAUGACUCAUAUGCACAAGGUACAUCGACCCUUUGGUUUUGCUGCGCUAUCAGCAGGCCUUAGCUUCUUAAAGGGCUUUCUGAUUCCCACAGGGCAAGGCUUCAUGCUGAGCUACAAGCUUGCCAAAGCUCGCCAGGAAACCCGAGACCUCAAGCAGUUCGCGGAGAUCUUUGCCAGGAAUCACAAGCUCGAUCAGAUCCGUGGGGCCGUUAAUGUGCUGCUGGCAAAGGAGACCGAUAAUAAUCAGAAGGAGGAUGAUGCGAUUCAGCUGAUCAAAGAAAACUUUGUGGAGGUGGAGUUGCACUUGCGGGAAAAGCUUCGCAUGCCCAAAAACAAGACCAAGAGCUUGUACCAAGAGGUGGAUAAACUGCUCGAGGAGUAUGGUUCUGGAGCUUCCAUGUAUUCUCAAGGUGCAGUGAACGAACGUUUCCUUCAGGAUUUGCGACAAGAAUUGGCCUCUCUCGACUGAAGAAGUCUCUUCUUUGGAGGAUGAUCUGUGGAGCCGGUGGAAACUCACUUCAGAGAGCCCCUCGAGAAGACCUAUAUGGAACCUAAAGACCAGUGC